GAAAACGCGCGUACGACGAGGAAAACAAAUCGAACUCUGACAACGACGAUGCAUACUUUCUUCUCAUCGGAAGACCUCUCCGAUAACUCCUUCUGGCCGCCACAGCCGGCGCCGUCAUCUUCGCCGCCGUCUCAUUCUCCUUUUCGGUCGCCGGGUCCUUCGUUGACGAUGAACCGAAGCGCCUCUGAGUGGGCGUUCGAGAGGUUUCUCGAGGAAGUUUCGGCGUUGCCUGUGAAUAGUUGCCCUUCGACUACUUCCGAUCGCGUGGCGGUUUCUCCCGUGGAUGUGGCAUCUCCCGCUUCUCAGUCUUCAACGUCGAAGCGUGAUGAAGGUGAUGAUGAGAUUGUGGAGAUCAAGAAGGCGGAUUGUGAUCAUGAUCGUUCUCAGCCAAUUCCAUCUUCGGAUCCAUCGAAAAUGGUUCGGAGUAGUUCUGAUCGAUACCGUGUGUUUUUGAAGAAUCAACUUGAUAUGGCUUGCGCUGCUGUGGCUCUGUCGCGGGCUGCGUCUUUGGAGCCCAAAGGUCCAGUUCAGCCAGCCGACCAUCGUGGGCAAACAUCGAACGCAUUCCAAUUUGGCAUGCAAGCUCCGGGCCAAGCCUCUGAUCGUGGUACUUCAACCAAAGAAAGUGAGGUUUCUGGUAGCCCACUUGGGAUUCCAUCCUUACCUGCAAUACCUAAGAAACUAGGGGUACAACCUGCUCAAACAACAAGUGGAUCAUCCAGAGAUGAGUCUGAUGAUGAUGAUCUUGAAGGUGACAUUGAAAACAUUGAGAAUAUGGAUCCUGCUGAUGCAAGACGCGCUAGGAGGAUGUUGUCAAAUAGAGAAUCAGCAAGACGCUCCAGGCGACGAAAACAAGCACACUUGACUGAACUUGAGACACAGGUUGGUCAACUUAGGGUUGAACACUCUACUUUGUUAAAGCGUCUCACAGAUGUAAAUCAAAAGUACGAUGAUGCUGCUGUUGACAAUAGAAUUUUGAAAGCUGAUAUUGAGACUUUAAGAGCGAAGGUGAAAAUGGCUGAAGAAACGGUGAAAAGAGUGACAGGAGUGAAUCCACUACUAGUUGCAAUGUCUCAGACUCAAAUGCCAUUUGUCAAUACCCAAAUGCCUAUGCAAUCCAACACUCAAUUCUUUCAUCAAAAUAUGUCUGCAUUUGCAAACAGCCCUCCACAUCAUCAGAAUUUGGAAGUGCCUGUGCCACCUAAUCCUCCACCUAUUCCACAUGUUGGAAGAUCACAGAAUGACGUGGCAACCAAAAGGGCUGAUAUGCCCUCUGUGCACAUUGAUCACGUGCAGAAACAGGCCAUCCAUGGUCCAAUGUCAGGUUGGGAUGCAGAACCUUCCCAUGCAACGCCAAACCACAAGAAGAAUUGAACGCGUCGUUUCUGUAGCAAUUUUUUCUCCUCUUAUAUUAUCAUGGGAGCUUGUGGGGAUUUAAGGUGAUUAAUAAGAAAUGAAAAAAAAAACUUUUCUUACCUAUUGUUUUCAUUUCAUGCACCACUACUCUGUAAUAAGACUUGGAUCUUACUUGGUUAAGAUUUUUUUUUAAUAAAAGAAAUCAGUUGGGUAGUUC